GGAGGCUUGCGGCUCCCGUACCUUGGCGGCUAAAGCGGCUCUCUCCGGAGCCUGCGGAAGGCCGGGCUUCCUGGAGCCGCUCGGUGUGGCGUCCGUGCCGGCCCUUAGCCUCCGCGCCCUCGGGCUAGGGGGUCUCUGCGGCUGGACUCCCUCGGCACCACGCUUGACGCCGGGGAUCCCGGGAAGCUCUCCCGGAUGGGCUACUUCCUCUGAGUUCUAGCUACCUAUCCUCCGGCCUCAGCGCCCAGGCGAGGCUGCCCACCGGCCUUUUCGUGUCCCGAUCUCCCUGGUCCUGCGCCUUGGAUUGGUUGCGGGGUUCAGCCGUCAGAUCCUGGUCUGUGAGUCCUUGUUUAGGACCUGGGCCUUUCUUCUGGAUUGUGGCUCAGAGUUCAUUGGUGCCUGGCGAUAGAGUAUAUACUCUCCUGAUAAUUGUUGAUGGGAUGGUUUUGUACUUUGACUAGUGAUGAAAUGUCAGACAGAUACACCCUUAGACAUAAUGUGAUGUCCGUGGUGGCUUUCUUUUUUGUGAGACCAUCUUAACUUUGUGGCUCUGGCUGUCCUGAAAUUCUCAAGAGAUCCUGUCUCAAAGACUGGCAACGCCACCCUGUUCCCCACCACUUGAUUAGUGGUGUGAGCAUAUGUGAGUGAAUGGUGGUGGUGGGGUUCCUGGGGUCAUAUUCAGGUUGUCAGGCUAGUGUGACAAGAGCUGCUUUCCCCCACUGAGCCAUCUCACUUCUGCAGAAUUGUCCCUUUAAUGUCCCUCCUAGAAAUUUUGCAUCAACCUUUCACUUUGUUCUCGUUCUUUUAAACUACAUACUUAUUAUAUACUUUUGUUUUGUUUUGUUUUUAGAGACAGGGUUUGUCUGUGUAGCCCUGGCUGUCCUGGAACUCACUUUGUAGACCAGGCUAGCCUUAAACUCAGAAAUCCGCCUGCCUCUGCCUCCCGAGUGCUGGGAUUAAAGGCGUGCACCACCACGCCCAGCUUAUUAUAUUCUUAAAAAUGUUUAGUAAAGUAUAGACACUGGAGUGUAAACAGGGCUCCUUCAGUCAAAUGGAAUCUACAUUUUAACGUUAAAGGAGUAGUGGGAUCUAGUAUUGUGUGGGCAAAGCAAAGACAAAUUAUGGUAUUGAAUGCCUGACGGAAAAUUUAACGUAAUCCAGUAAGGAGUAGAAUGCUUCAGGGUCAUGUAGGCUAUAUGAAAUAAGAAUAUGAACUUUGGGCUCAGCUUCAGCUUAUCUAUAAAUGAGGUUUAAAUGAUGCCUGCCUCAUAGUGUUACUAAUAACAUGAUGCAAAUAAAAUGCUUAAUAUGAGGCUAGAGGUGGCUCAGUAAAGUACUUGCUUCACAAACCUCGGGAGGCCCUUGGUUUGAUCUGCAGAGCCCACAUUAAAAAAGCAAAGAGUCCAAUGGCUGGGAGUGGUGGCACAGGCAUUUAAUCCUAGCAUUUGAAAAGCAGAGAUGGAUGGGUCAAGGCCAGCGUGGUCUACAUAGCUUGCUUCAAGGCAGCCAGAGAGACCCCAUCUUGUAAAAAGGCCCAUGAAUGUUUGUGAUCCUGUUGGGAAGUAGAGACAGGAGUCUCCUCGGAGCUCACUGGUCAGCCUACUCAGUGAGCUCCAGGGCAAGGAGAGACUCUAUCAAAAGCAAACAAAGCCCUCAGAUGGUUGAUUCUUGAGGAACCAUGGGUCCCUUCCAGUUGACUUCCAAACACACACACACACACACACACACACACACACACACACACACACACACAGAGUGUUUACCAUGGCUGAGUGUGGUGGCUCAAACUUGUAAUUUCAGCUACUUGGGAGUCUGAGGCAGGAGGAUUGCAGCACAGUAGACAGACCUCAGAGUAAGUUUAAGGCCCACCUGGGUCAAUUAGGGAAACCCUGUCCCAAAUACUAUUUAUAAGGUCCUAGAUUCCGUCCUCAGUACCAAAAAUAACCAAAACAAGAACAAAAUAGUAUUUUUGUGAGGGCUUUUUAAAAAACUUGAUCAUUUUUUUUUCUUUCCCAUGCAAUGGUGUUUUUCACGAACAAAAGUCUGUGUGAGAAUAUUGGAUCCUCUGGAGUUGGAAUUACAGACAGUUGUAAGCUACUAUAUGGGAGCUGGGAACUGAACCCACAUUCUCUGGAAGAGCAGCCAGAGCUCUUAACCACUGAGUCAUAUCUCCAGCCCCUUGAGAUUUAUUUUUACUUUAAUGUGUAUGGGUGUUUUACCUGUAUGGAGGUCACAUAACAUGCCUGCAGUGCUCUCAGGGCAGAAAAAUGUGUUUCAUCUCCUGGAGCUGGUGUUAUAGAUGGUUGUAGCAGCCAUAUGGUUGUUGGCAGUCUAACCUAGAUCCCUUAGAAGAGUUGUCUGGGCUCCUAACCAGAGCCUUCUCUCCAUCUCCAUUCAACAAAAUAGUGCUAUAUAUACAGUAAGUGUGAUAUUCCAAACAAAAAGUUUUGUUAUCCCCAAUUUGGCCAAGACCUCACAUGCGGUAGGCGGUAGGCAGUGGGAUCUGGGAUUUAACUUUGGUGCCUUUCUUUGAAACUGAGCAUUGUUCUGUCUCCCAUGGGAAUAUGCUCAGAAGCUAUAUGAGAAAAUGUCUGUUAACAUCCUUAGCUUAGUGCUUGGCCCACGCUCAGUAUUAUUCUCUCUUUCCAGGAAGCCAGACAGCCUGUAGAGCUUGAGAAACUGCUGGUCCAUCCCUACUGAAAAACAAAACAAACCCAAAAACUCGAGAUACCGAAAAAUACCUGCUGGCUCUCAGUGGGCUGCUCGCCUGCGUCUGCCUCCAGCAGCCCUGGAAUACAGUCUUACAACUCUGGAUUUCUUCCUCUUCCUCUAAGGUAAAGGCCAUGUCGCCUCCUGGAAAAGUUCCCCGGAAGGAGAACCUGGGGCUCCAGUGUGAGUGGGGGUCCUGCUCCUUUGUGUGCUCGGCCAUGGAGGAGUUCUUCGACCAUGUCACUCAGCACCUGCAGCAGCACAUGCAUGGCUCUAAGGAAGAAGAGGAAGAGGACCCACUUGAGGAAGAAUUCUCCUGCUUGUGGCAGGAAUGUGGCUUUUGCUCUCUGGACAGUUCUGCCGACCUCAUCCGCCAUGUCUACUUCCACUGCUACCACACCAAGCUAAAACAGUGGGGGCUGCAAGCCUUACAAAGCCAGGCUGACCUCAGCCCCUGCAUCCUGGACUUUCAGAGCCGGAACGUCAUCCCUGACACCCCUGACCAUUUCCUGUGCCUGUGGGAACAUUGCGAGUCCUCACCCCAAGUUGCCCCGGCACAGAGUGUCUUCGACAAUCCUGAGUGGUUCUAUCGGCAUGUGGAUGCGCACAGCCUGUGCUGUGAAUACCAAGCUGUCAGCAAGGACAACCAUGUGGUGCAGUGUGGCUGGAAAGGCUGUACCUGUACCUUCAAGGACCGGUGUAAGCUUCGAGAACACCUCCGCAGCCACACCCAGGAGAAGGUGGUGGCCUGUCCCACCUGUGGGGGCAUGUUUGCCAACAACACCAAGUUCUUAGAUCACAUCCGUCGCCAGACCUCAUUGGAUCAGCAGCGAUUCCAGUGUUCCCACUGUUCCAAGAGAUUUGCCACAGAGAGGCUCUUGCGUGACCACAUGCGGAACCAUGUGAAUCACUAUAAAUGCCCUUUGUGUGACAUGACCUGCCCACUGCCUUCUUCCCUCCGGAAUCACAUGCGCUUUCGACACAGUGAGGACCGACCCUAUAAAUGUGACUGUUGUGACUACAGCUGUAAGAAUUUGAUUGACCUCCGGAAGCACCUAGACACCCACAGCAAGGAGUCAGCCUACAGGUGUGACUUUGAGAACUGCAAUUUCAGUGCGAGGUCACUCAGCUCUGUCAAGUCCCAUCACCGCAAAGUGCAUGAAGGAGACUCAGAGCCAAGGUACAAAUGUCAUGUCUGUGACAAAUGCUUCACACGUGGCAACAACCUCACUGUGCACCUUCGCAAGAAGCACCAGUUCAAGUGGCCCUCAGGACACCCUCGCUUUCGGUACAAGGAACAUGAAGAUGGCUACAUGCGACUGCAGCUAGUUCGGUAUGAGAGUGUGGAGCUGACACAGCAGUUGCUGCAGCAGUUACAAGAAGGAUCAGAUCCGGGAUUGGCACUGAAUGAGAGCAGCCUGCAGGGCAUUGUUCUGGAAACAGUGCUAGGGGGGCCAGGACCUGAGGAAGAGACAGAAGAGGAAGGUAGGGUUGUUGAGGGAACAGCUCUCUCAGCUUCUCAGGACAACCCCAGCUCAGCCAUUCAUAUGGUCAGUCAGACAGACACCCAAGGCCAGCGAGACAUUGUCUACUGUGUACUGUCUGAAGGCCCAGGAGAGCCCCCGCCAGUCUCCGAAACCCUCAAGAGAGAUGGAAAAGCUCGAGGAACCUGAGGAGCCGGGGUCCAGGUGGGCUGAGGCUGCAGAGUCUGGCCGGUCCUGCUCCACAUCUUGAAGUUUGAGCUGGGCAGGAAGCGGUGCCCCAGGGGUCAGCCUUUGUUCUUGGAUGCCUUUAGAAGUGGUGCUGAGAACAGUGUGUUCCCCUCUGACUCAGAAGGCAUCAUUCUAUAGACUCUGGGGAGUUGGAUUCAUUGAGGAAAUCCUACAUGUAUGUUCUUAUUAGAGGAGCUGUUACCAGGUUUAAGUGUACUCCCUUGGCAUGCUAGACAGUAAGUAUUUAGUCUACAUCCAUUCCAAUUUCCAGGGAUCCAUCGAUCCAUUGACCCAGGGAUGAGGGACUGUUCUUUCCAAGGGCUGUUUCCUCACUGUUAGUUACGCAUUGAGAACCAGGUGCCAUUUCUCUCAAGGUUUCCUUUUACAUUCCAGGGACACUUGUUAUCUUCAGGGACACGAUUAUAGAUACUGUGUAUGUGUGGCAGUUGUCUUUUGGGGAAUAAAAGAAACACUUGGGCUGUUACUUAUUUCUUAAGUUUGAUGGCAGUUAGCCAAGUAACAGAUACAGCUGCUUAGAAGUAGAGCUGAAUAAUUAGACUUCUCCCUUUAGUGCUCAGGACGGUUCCUUUAACUGUGGUGUACCCAUUUAGAGGAGGAGUCCACUUCCUCCAGAGCAUCUUCCACUUCUGUGGAAGGAAGCUCCAUGGACUUCACCAUGAAUGAGUGCUAGCAGUGUUACAAGGUUAAUACAAAUGGCUCCUGGACAGUACCCUCCGUUCUAAUUAGAACCCUGUGCCUCUGUGGUAGGUUGGGGUGUGGGACUGCAAAGGAAACAGAAAUGGAGGUAGGUCAGGAAGUGACCCUAGAGAAUGCCAAAUACUCAAGGGCCAGGAAUCAAGCUAGAAAAUCUAUACAGUUUCCUACAGAGUGGAUCUAUUUUGAUAAGCUUAUGUCACAUAUAUGAUCAUGUGUGUGUGUGUGUGUGUUUUGCCUUUAUGUAUGUAAGUAUAUCAUAGUCAAGCAGUGUCCAUGCAGGUAAAAAGGGUGACCAAUCCUCUGGAACUGAAGUUAAAGACAGGUGGGUGCUGGAAACUGAAUGUGGUUCUCUGCAAGAGCAACAAGUGCUCUCGCCUGCUUAGCCAUCUCUCCAGCCUCUUUUGUUGUAUUCUUGAAGUUGAAAUUCCUCAAAAGAAUUAACUCUUUUUUUUUCUUUAUUUUUAAAGAUUUUAUUUAUUUUGUUUAUGAGUAUACUGUCACUGUUCUCAGACACAAAGAGGACAUCAGAUUCCCAUUGCUGUGGUUGUGAGCCACCAUGUGGUUGCUGGGAAUUGAACUGAGGACCUCUGGAAGAACAGUUAGUGCUCUUAACCACUGAGCCAUCUCUCCAGCCCCCACCCCACCCUUUUUUUUCCCCAAUUGAAAAACAUUAGACAUAGUGGCACUUACCUUUAAUCCUGACACUUAAGGAGACAGAGGCGGGCAUUGGAGGUUAAGGCCAGUCUGGUCUACAGAGUGAGUUCUAGAAUAGCCAGGGCUACAUGGAGAAAUCCUGUCUCAAAAAAACUUAAAAAAAAAAAGUGUAGUAUAUGUGUGAGUGUCUGUCCCUGGGUACAUGGUAUGUGCACUCUCACCUGUUUUCUCGACUAACCAGUGAGCUCUGGGGAUUUGCCUUUCUCUGCCCCUGAUACCAUGCUGGGUAGAGCUUUUACCUAAGUGUUGGGUGUCUGGGCUCAGAUCCUUGUGUUUGUAGAGCAAGCACUUACUGACCGAGCCAUCCCCAUGCAUAUUGCCCUUUUGUUGGCUCUCUUAGUCCGUGUAAAGGGAGUAUUCUUGGGGACCUUAGAUCCUUAGAUAGCUGCAUAGAAGGAUUUCUGAACUUUAGCAUCUUCAGGACGAAGCCUUCCUAAACUGUCCAGGAACUGUGUCUGCUUCACCACCACCAGCACCACCUGUGUGAGGCAGGAUCUCCCUGAGCUCGUUUGACUUGGGUCUUCUGUCUUGUGCUUUGUAAACAAGGCCCUGGCUUUCCUUCCCAGCUUUGCUAAAAAGAAAACGAAAAGGAGCUAGAUGGUGGUGGUGCACCCUUUUAAUCCCAGCACUUAAAAGACAUCCAUGUAGAUCUCUAUGAGUUCAAGGAUAGCCUGGUCUAUUGAGAGAGUUCCAGGAUAGCCAGGGCUACACAGAAAUCCUGUCUUGGGGUGAGAGUAGGGGAUGAUGAGGACUGUUUUUUUUUCUUUUAAAUUUUGCUUUGAGAGGCAGGCUUCAGAUCUUUUGGUUCUCUUCUCUAACCCGCUUCCUGGCUGCUGGGAUUACAAGUAUGUACCACCAUACUCAGCUCCUGAUUUCUUACUGCAAAAACUGCCUAUUACAGAAGUGUAGUGGUACACACCUAAUACCAGCAUUCAGGAGAGUCCAGCAGAUCCCUUGAAUUGGAGGCAAGUCUGGUCUAUGUUCCAGGACAUUCAGGGCUAUGCAGAGAGAGCCUGUCUCAGAAAUAGAUGGCCUUUGUAAAGAAAAAACAAAAGGCUAUAUCAAUUUCUAUUGAGUCUUUGCUAUAGCUUAGGCAGAUUACGUGUAGAAGUUCGGGAAGACUGCAGGAAGAGGCUUCCUCCUAAGCAGUAACACAAAGAAGGCAGCCCUAGAAGGAUUGCAGUGUUUGAAGGGUUUGGUGCGAUGGGGAUACCAGGGAACCCAGGAGUUGGGAACUAGUGUGGCUGCUUCUCAGAAGAGCACUCAAAUAUGAAAUGAAUGAAUAAACUGCUCAGGACUGGAAUAAAUGAAGAGCAUGGUCCUUUCAUGUAGUGUAGCAGGAAGGGGUAAAGAAAUCGUUUCUAGACCAUGCUGGGAAUUGAACUCAGGUCCUCUGGAGGCAAAACGGAUGAGCCAAAGGGUGUUACAAGACUUCAAGUUCUACUGAGGGAAGGUAGAUAAAGAAAGAGACUUUGGUUAAGACCAGCCCUAUAGUAUUUACCUAACAAAGGCAUAAGUUCAGUUUCCAGUUGUGACAGUUAAUUUGCCAACUUGACGUAAUCUAGAGUCACCUGCAAAGAGAGUCUCAUUGAGGGACUGUCUAGAUCUCGCUGACCCAUUGUGAGCAUGUCUGUGUGGGAUUAUCUUGAUUGUGUUGAGGUAAGAAGAUCCACCCACUGUGGGUGGCACUAUUUUCUGGGCAGGCAGAUCCUUAGUGUAGAGACAGCUGAACACUGGCAGGCAUGUGUGUAUUUGUUCUCUGCUCUUGACUGUGAUAUGUGUCAAGUUCCUGACACCUUGACUCCCCAGUAGUCUGUAACUUUGGAAUUACGAGCAUAAUAACCCUUUGUCCCUUAAAGUGCUUUUAGCAGGAUAUUUGUCACAGCAACAGAAAAUGAAACUAAUACACAGUAACAUGUGUGGACUGGAGAGGUGACACAGUGGUUAAGAGCACUUGCUGUUCUUCCAGAGGAUUCAGGUUCAGGUAUGAGUACCCACAGGUAGCUCAAGGCCAUCUAUAACUCCCAGUUCCAGGAGAUCUGAUGCCCUCUGCUGGCCUCUGUGAGCAUGAAACGUGCAUGUGGUACACAGACAUACAUGCAGGCAAAACACUCAUCCACAUAAGUAAUCCUAAAAGACAAAAAGGCUUUGGUAGAGAACUUGGCAUUCACUUCCUAUCAAAGGAACUAUCAUGUAACAGGAGAGAAAGACGCGGCUCUAGGGGCCAUGAAUGUAGCUCAAUGGUAGAACACUUGUUUAAAUGCUUGAUUAAAUUAUUUUAUGUCAGACUUGAGUGUGGUGGUGCCUUUAAUCCCAGUAGAGCUCUGACUGGUCUACACAGUAAAUUCCAGGACAGUCAGGGCUACACAGAGAUACCCAGUCUCAAACAACUAACAUUAUUUUAUAUUCUAUGUUAGUCUCUUUCGCUAUAACAAAAACAAAGAAACCUAUGAGGUAUACAAGGCAAAAAGAAUUUAUUUUGGCUUUUUUUUUUUUAAAGAGGUUUCAGGCCAUGCCUAUAGUUGUUUCUGGGCCUACAAUGAGAAAUCGUGGGGGGAGAAUGUGGGGGACGGGAACUGCUCAGCUGUGGUGGCUAGGGAAUAGGAGGACAGGGACAAGAUACUCUUUAAAAGCAAGACUCUCGCCAGGGCAGUGGUGGUGCAUACCUUUAAUCCCAGCACUCGGGAGGUAGAGGCAGGUGGAUUUCUGAGUUCGAGGCCAACCUGGUCUACAGAGUGAGUUCCAGGACAGCCAAGGGUACACAGAGAAAUCCUGUCUCAAAAAAACAAAAGCAAGAAAGACUCUCUGAAGAUCAUCAUGCCAGAGUUCAGAACGGUUACCACUUACUUGCCUGUGUUUGGGAGCCAAGAAAGAGAGGAUGAACUUUGCUGCUGUACUGUAGAAGCGAGGAAGCUCUCUCCUUUUUGAGCACCCCCUUUCCAUCCCGAGCAGCACCUCCCAAAUGUCCAGCAGAGACUCUUCUUCUUGACAGACUUACAGGUUUAGAGUUGAGCCAGUUGGUGGGCAAGAGAGAUCACACUGGACAAAGACUCGGGGUGCUGGGAACAACUGGACCAGUUCCCAAAUCUCCAGUCUAAAUCCUUUUUGGAUCCCACAGGACCCCACCACACUCCUUUCCCCCCCAUAAAGCUUAUCAACUACUCACACAAAUCCUUGUCCAGAGCAGCCUGUUGCUUAGAUUAUCGCCUAGCACUAAGCUGAGAUGAGAAUUAUCAACCGUUGCAUGUCUGGCCAUAGGAAAUCUUCCGUGGAAAUAAACUGCUUGGAUGGAGGUAGUGGGAAGGGCUAGGUAGGAAUGGGAGGAUUCUCUCGGGGAACAAAAAAGAUAAAUCUUAGGGAAUAGGCAGAUAUGUAUUUGGAGAAGCGGGGGAGAUCUGGACAUUAAGAAAAGUCUGUCACAAGAUGACUUAGAAGAUGAGGUCUAUACUAAGCAAAGACCCACUCUAGAUACUAAGUCAGAAACCUUAGGAGUGGAACCCAGCACAUAAGUCUUUAGCCUUUCAGAGGAUUUGGGGUGAACACUAAAGUGUGACAACCACUGUUGGUAAGGUACAAGGUCUAUCUAGGAUAAGUGUGGCUUCUCCUUUGCCAAGAAGUGGGGUAUCGUUCUGGAGAAAGAAAAUGAUCCUGAAUCAUGGGCAGCAUUUCCCCCUCCCCGUGCUGGCACCCCUACCCCCAGGGCUGCAUGGUCUCUGAGAAUCACAAGGCUACCCUUGACCUCAAGGUCCUCCUCAUUCAGUGCCAGGACUAUGACAUGUGCCUCCAUGCCCGACCAGUUAUGCUGUGCGUUUGCCAUCUCCAUGUUCCUGAUGAGGCGAAGAGAUGAGGAACCUGCUCAAGAGAAGACUCCGUGGGGUUGAGGUGGUGGGGGUGGGGAGAGGUCAGCAGGCACAGUGUGCAAUAGUAAAAGCUUUCGUGUGCGGUGCUGAGGGUUGAACCACUGAGUUGUACCCUCAGCCCUGGGAAAACCAUUUCUGAUGUGUUAUAACGGUGGGCUAACUGUGGGUGCCAGUGAUUGGAUACUUCAAAAAAGCUAGUAGGUUGGAUAUAUCCAACAGAAAGAAGUGAUAAAUAUGUGAGAAGAUAAUAUAUACUAUUACUCAAGUGUGAGGGUUUCAAUAAGAAUUAUGCCCCCCUCAUAUAUUUGAAUGCUUAGUCACCAGGAAGUGGCACUGUUUAAGAAGGAUUAGGAGGUGUGGCCUUGUUGAAAGAGGAAUGUCACUGGGGAUGGUCUUGGAGGUUUCAAAAAGCUCAUAGGAGACCCAGAGUGAUGUGAUGGUGGAGAUCUCUCUCUCUCUUGCUCUCUCGCUCUCUCGCUCUCUCGCUCUCUCUCUCUGGUUGUGGAUCAGGAUGUAUCUCUCAGCACUUCUCCAGCACCACACCUGCCUGCUUCCUUCCCCCCUCCCAACACCCGUGCCCUCUGCUGUGAUGAUAAUGGACUAAGCCUCUGAAACUGUAAGGAAGUCCCUAAUUAAAUGCUUUCUUUUAUAAGA